CAUUCGAUUCGUGAGUGGGGCGCCACCAUAGCGCGCAUGCGGGCAUUACGAGAGACCCAACGCUUCGCAGACCAACCUGAAGUGCAUCACAAAUCAUUUAAAAAAAAAUCACAACACCCAACAAAAAAAUGGGCAAAAAAAUUAUGGUAACACCGGUGCGCUAAAAAAGCUUGCAAACUUCACGCACAUAACCUGCGCUGGACAUCGACUCGUCCUAUCUAACUCUGGGAAAAUGUAUAUUGAUUUUUCAAAGAAAAGUCAACCGAUGUAACAAAACACCGUUCGCGGAGUGUUUAUACGCGAAUUAAAGCGUCGCGGUCGAAGUGUUGGUGAAGUGUAGUGUCGUCGAGAUGGUGCGACGGUAUAUCUCAGCGUGCUCCAAGUGAGAUCGGAGAGUGUCGCGUCGCUCGGCCGACGGCCGGAGCCUGGCCGCGGCCAGGGCCUGGGCGCGCCAUGGACGCCGCCGCCGACCCGCUGCGACCGGACAGGCCGUGAGUAUCGCGUCCACCGCUCGGGCGCCAGCUCGCUAGCACGAUCGCAAGAGGCGCGGGGAUUAUUUCGGUCCCUGCUAGCUCGUUGCGAAACGGUGCGCGAUCGUUUUCGGCUCGCAGAGUCGACAUUCUCUCGGGUUGACGGCGUCACGGCCUCCGUGCCGUUGCGCCAUUUCGGCGAUCGGGUCGUCCGUGAGAGCGAGGCGAGGCGCGAGGUGAGUGAGGCGAGCUCGGUGGCAGGGUGGCAGGGCGCCGAUAGCGAUCUGCAGCGCGGCGGCCGAGCGUGACCGCAGCGUGCGGCCGCGACUGUCCCCCGGGCCGCGCGAGCGAGCGCAUCGCCCAUUAGGCCGUGUUUACAGUUUGCGCCCUUUGUCGGGCUCGAGUCCCCGCUCGCGCUCGCCUGGCGCUCACGGACGCAGCCGUGGCGCUGCACGCGCGGUGACUGCACCACACACGUCCCGCGCGCACACACGUACAGUGCAGCGGAGGCUGCGAAUACCUACCUACUCAAACAAAGCAAUUGCCCACGAACCCGUAGCGCGAGCCAAAACCUCGCGUUCUUUGUGAAAACAGUGCGUCGCCCGACCAGUGUUUACGUCGCGACGAAAAUUAUUGUCUUCCAAAACAUCUGUGUUUGUCAAUCGUUCAAUUUAAGUGUGCCUUUUGAGGUUAGGUCGUGAUUUGUGCCUAAAGUGUGUUGGGAGUGCAGGGGCAGACAAUGUUAGCAAAGCCUAGUGCAAUAUUGAUUGGCAGUGCCCUGUGUUGAGUGAGACACCAAAAUGUUUGUGUUGUUGUGACUGGGCAGCUGGCAGCACCUUCGCCCGCGUCGCUGAAGGCUGUUCAAUGCAGCAGUUGGAAGCUCACUGGGAGGAGGGCGACGAGAAGCCGAAGGCGGCGGAGAGCCAGGAUGACGGCUACGAGACAAGUAACAGCGGCGAGGCGCGCCGCAAGCCCUCCAGCGCCGAGGCGUCGCCCGCGCCGCCGCCGCCCACGCCGCCCGCCGAGCCGCCCGAGCCCUACGCCUUCCCCUCGCCCUACCGGCACUUCGAGCCGCAGCCGCCGCCGCAGCCGCCGCCGCAGCCCGAGCCCUACCAGCACUUCCCCUUCCCCAAGUACCCGCAGGACCCGUACGCGUUCAAGCGCGAGCCCGACGCGCCCUACGACAUGAGCCAGCACCACCAGCACCCGCAGCCGCUGCACCCGCACCACCAGUACGCGGCCAAGCGCGACGACGAGCUGUACAACGGCGUGAAGCGCGAGUGCGACGACCCCUACUCCUUCGUGGAGGAGGAGGCCAUGUGCGCCAUGCUGGGCCAGCAGCACCACCUGCCGCACCUGCAGCACGAGCACGCGCACGCGCACCUGCCGCUGCACCCGCAGCAGCUGCUGCACCACCAGCCCAAGAAGCGCGGCCGCAAGAAGAAGAUCAAGGACGAGAACGGCAUGGAGAUCAAGGUGGAGGGCGCGCUGGACGGGGCGCCGCGCCCGGUCAAGGAGCGCAAGAAGCACGACCGCUUCAACGGCAUGAGCGAGGAGGAGGUGUCGCGCCGCACGCUGCCCGACCACCUGGCCGAGAACCUCGACAUCAUCAUUAUUGGCAUAAACCCUGGACUGUUCGCGGCGUACAAGGGCCACCACUACGCAGGGCCCGGGAACCAUUUCUGGAAGUGCCUCUACCUGUCCGGCCUUACGAGAGAGCAGAUGAGCGCUGAUGAGGACUACAAGCUGCUGAACUUCGGCAUCGGCUUCACGAACAUGGUGUCGCGGCCCACCAAGGGCUCGGCUGACCUGACGCGGCGCGAGAUCAAGGAGGGCUCGGCCGUUCUGCUGGAGAAGUUGCAGACGUUCCGGCCCAAGGUGGCCGUGUUCAACGGCAAGCUCAUCUACGAGGUGUUCUCCGGCAAGAAAGACUUCUGCUUCGGCAAGCAGCCCGACACCGUCGCCGGCACCAACACCUACAUGUGGGUGAUGCCGUCGUCGUCGGCGCGCUGCGCGCAGUUGCCGCGCGCGGCGGACAAGGUGCCGUUCUACGCCGCGCUCAAGAAGUUCCGCGACUACCUCAACGGCCUGCUGCCGCACGUGGACGAGGCCGAGCUGGUGUUCCCCGACACCACGGGCCGCCGCCCGCACGAGGAGAUGGAGAUCCGCAGGGAGUCUUCUUACAGGCUGACCAUGGAGCCCGAGCCCGGCGACACCAUCAUCCUGGAGGACGGCACCGAGGUGCCGCUCAAGAAGAAGCGCGGCCGGCCCAAGAAGGUCAAGCUGGAGAACGGCGAGGUGGCGCCGCCCACCCCGCGCGCGCCCCGCGCCCCGCGGCCCCCGCCCAGCCUCGACCCCAACGGGGAGAACCCGCCGAAGAAGAAGAGGGGGAGGCCGAAGAAAAUACGGCCCGAGGAGCAGCAGUUCCUCAUACAGCAGCAGCAGCAGCAGCAGCAACAGCAACAGCAGCAGCAGCAGCAGCAGGUAGGCCCCGCCGGCGGCCCGGCCCGCGGCGCAGGCGUGACGCGAGCUCUGUUGCAGGCCAACCCCAUGCUGCAGCCGCCGCUGCCGCACGAGCAGUUCCUGCACGGCGACUUCCCGCAGAUGGCGUCGCCGCUGGGCGCCGGCGUCAUGUACGGCGCGCACCACCCGCACCAGCAGCACCUGGCCGACGCGGAGCCCUACUACCAGCCCAACAACGGCGCGCUGGAGGCGCCGCUCGAGGCGGGCGCGCUGGCGCUGGCGCGCGGCUACGCGUCGCCGGGCGGCUACGCGCAGUCGCCGCGCCACUACGCGUCGCCGCGCUCGCAGCCCUACUCGCCCGGGCCGGCGCGCCUGGCCGCCACGCCGCAGCCGCAGUUCCCGCCCAGCCCCGCGCCCUUCUCCGCGCCGUCGCCGCCGCGCGCGGGCUACGGCUCGCCCGGCGCGCGCGGGUUCGCGGCGCGCUCGCCGCUGUACGCCAGCAGCCCCGCCGCCUACCGCCAGCAGCCCAGCCCGGCCGCGCCGCGCUUCCCGCCCGACGGCUACGCGCGCUCGCCCGCGCCCGCGCCCUUCCCCGCCGCGUCGCCCGCCGCGCUGUCCUACACGCCGUCGCCCGCGCACACGCCCUACAGCCAGCACUCGUCGCCCGCGCCCGCGCCGCCCGCCGCCUUCGAGCAGCACUACGCGCCCGCCGGCUUCGCCUCCGAGCUGUCCAGCGAGAUCGGCGCCGCCAUCUCGUCGCCGGGGCCCGUGUCGCCCGGCAUGGCGGCGCUGGACUUCGAGCCGCCGCGCGACGACCACAGCCCCAUGGGCAGCACCGACAUGCACCCGGGCAGCAACAGCAACUCGUCGCUGUCCGACUACAACAAGCAAAGCAACCCCGGCGGCGCCGAGCUGUCCCCGGCCGGCGGCGCGGGCGCGGGCGGCGCCUUCGGCUCGGCGCUGUUCGGCGACGCGGAGCGGAUGCGCUACGGCGCCGACCACUACCCGCAAGACCAAGGAAAUGGCGUUGGAGACAGUCCACGGUUAGAUCAACUACACCCCUCUAUGUAUCCUAGCAAUUACAAUAGGUCGACCCCAACGGGCGACAGUGAGACGGGGUUCGCGCGCGGCCCCUUCCGCGCCGUGCCCACUCCCGAGCACCACCACCCGCCGCCCGCUUACGCCUCCGAGGACACCGGCAGUAACGCGCGCUUGCCCGCAGGCUCGCCGAGCGAGUACGGCAGCGCGGGCGGCGGCGACUCGGGCCCCGGCACGCCCAAGAGCAAGUCGCAGGACGUGGCGUCCAAGUCGCUGUCGGGCCUGGAGUCGCUGGUGGACCAGAUCCCGUCCAUCGCCGAGGGCGGCGCGGCGGCGCCGGGCGCGGGCGACGCCGCCGCGCCCGCCGCGCCCGCGCUGCCCGACUACGCGCCCGCGCUGUACCCGCCCUACCCGGCCUACGGCGCGCCCGCCUACGGCAACAACGGGUACGGCGGCCCGUUCGUGGGCUACGGCGGCGGCUGGGGCACGCAGCUCAUGCGGCCCGCGCCCGGCUACCUGCCCGACUGGCAGUACGGCUACGCGCCCGGCGUGCCGCCCGCCUACGCGCCCUACAACUCCUACUACAACGGCUACGCGGGCCCGCCGCCCGCGCACCACCAGCAGACGCACUACCUGUCGGCGCCGCCGCUCAUCGACCUGCACAAGAACGGCGAGCACGCGGGCGGCGUGCCGUCCGUGCCCGCCGUGCCGUCCGUGCCGUCCGUCGGCUUCGGCGGCUUCUGUUAGUGCGCGAGCUCCCGCCGGCAGGCGCCGCUAGUGAUGUAACUUAAUCUUUUUCAAACUGAUGAGCUUAAUUUUUAGGAUUUAUUUGUAAAUAUUGUAUGUAUUUAUUUCGGUCCAUCACACGUUUAACCGAGUCGCGGGCGCCGGUCGCGCGACUGUCGCCCGCGAGGUGUCCGCGCGGAGGGAGGCGGGGGGCCAAUUUACGUACUUAAUUUAUUCGGAAUGUCUGUGAUUUGUGUCGUUUGCGACGAGCGCCGCGCGCGGUCCGCGGCCGGCGAAACCUUUUCAUUUUUACUCUUCGAUGCGAACUUCUGAAAGGUUGAGCCUCUGAGGAGAACCGUCUUGCCAAUGAAACGUUUCGUGUUCUAGUCACUAACUAAUUCGUGUCGGCUAGUCAAAUUUAUGAAGAAAAAUGACCGCGCCCCCGCGCCUCCCGCGCGAACCGUCUUGAAAUUUGUUUUUAUCUAAGUCACAGGAGCGGCCUACGAAUGUGUAAUGUAUUUUUAUUUAGCUUUAGUUACGUGUUACGUGGAGUCGGUUACGCUAUUACGAAUCGAGUUAAGCAUUUUUACACAGUAACUGAAUAUGUAGUUAUUUGACCGGCUCGCGGCGCCCCGCCGCCCCCGCUGCCCGCGCGGGGCCACGCGUCGAGAAACUUAGCUCAAUUAUACAAACACGAAGUUCCUUUAGAUGUUCUCGCGCGGCGGAGGGCGGCGGCCAUCCGCACUGAUGUUACCGAACCAGUUGCAUAGCUUCGGAUCGCUAGUGACUAGCAUAAUUUUACAUAAUAUUGUAACGUAUUGUUUAUUGCGCGCCAUCUUAUGUUAAGGCCACUCGUGGCGCCCGCCAGUUGCGCCCCUAGUGCAUAAUAUUCCCCGGGUGCUGCAAGGCUCGCCGCGACGCGGCUGCCACGGCGGGCGCGCGCCGUGGAGUUUAUUUUGUGAGUCUUUGGUAUGUUGUUGAUGUUUUUAUUUUUAUCUCGAUGGAGUAUCGGGCGUCGGUCUCUCAUUGGAAUCGUAUCACACUUCUGCUGCGAUUUAUGACGUCGAAGUUGCUAGAAUGUGUCGAAUGAAGUCAUCUCUAUCACUAGUCUUUAGGUGGAACUUCGAAGUAUGAAUCCCGGCUCGGGUACAUUUGAGAGUUUAUAGAUUAACUUUAACGGUAGGUGAGAUCGCAGUCGAGCGUUGUCAUCGUAAAGCGAUGGUCGCAAAUAACAUUCGGUGCAUAGAUACGAUUUCAUUGUAUAAAAGAGAAUCCAUUGGCCCAGUGGAGUGAGGAACUUCGGUUUGUUGAAACUCCGAUCGGAGUCUCGAAACCUCGAUUGGAUUAUUUUAAUUGCACAAACGAUAAAAAAAAAUUAAUGUAAGGUAAAAACGAAAUAACAUACGUAAGAAAGACAUAUACGUUAAUAAUAGGUUUACUCGAAAGAAUUUAUAUAUAUUAUAGUGAUGUGGAGUGGAGUGGAGUCGACUCGUGCUCAAGGCGCUGGUAGUGCAGCGAUCUCACAUCAAAGAGUAGUAUAGGUUUGGGAAUGUCUAAAAACGUAUUUUGACUUCAGUCUGUUGCGUGCAUGCGUUGCGUCACACACAACCUGGGAGGUGUCUACAUGUGUGUAGCAGAGACUAUAUUUUGUACUGCAAAGGUGAAAAGGGGGGGUCGCGUGUUCUAAAGUGUGACGUAAUGACAGAAUGGUCUUCUUGUAUUACCUUUUAUUUAAAUUAAAAUAAGUCGGAUCAAAGUGGUUACUUUCUAAAACUUUAAUCAUCAACACUUAAUCUGUUUUAUCUGGAGACUGUAUCUCGUAUUCCUGAUACACGCGCGUUACAAUUUUCUUUCAAUUGGUUUUAAAUAUAAUUAAAUAUGGCAUAUUAUAAUAGAAUUCGUUUCAUGAAUUUGGAAAAUUAAACUAUAAAUAUGGCUGUGCUCCCGCCCGGUGUAUACCGGCCUAGAUUAUGUUCACAUUGUAUUGUGACACGUGAAGGAAGUCUCACUGUAAAACCCCGGGCGAGUCCCUUCUUUUUAGGGUAAUAUACUGUUUUUUUUUUGUAUAGGAAGGAUUAGUUAUUCGAAGGGAAGAAUAUUCUCUUAGAGAUUUAAUUUGUUGAUGAUCAAAUUGUUAUAAAGUAACUUUAAUGGAUGUUUGUAACACCUACUCCUAACAUCAAUCUUGUGAUUGGCUAUCGCGAUGACCCUACAAUUGUUGUUAUGACUGAGUUUAUAAUACUUUUAGCCAAUCAGAACAAUGUAGCGAUCUGUUAAAGUUUGAUGCGAGGGGUGCGUUGCCGGGCUGCGAGGCUCGACAAACAGCCAGGGAACGAGAGGGGCAAGUUGUGCAUCGUAGACUGCGGAAGUGUGCUAUAUAAGUAGGUUGUAACGUUGGCGGUAGAAGCCGCGAGGUGUCGCCGAGGUCGCACUGUUCUAAACGCGUUUUCUAUUUAUUUAUUUAGUUCGUCAUUCAGGUGGAAAUUUGAUAAGUUUAUAAAAUGAAAUCAACAGGGUAUUUAAGAUUGCGUAAGAGAUAUUAUUUUAUAUUUAUUUUUAUUUUUUCGUGUGCGUGCGCGCGUUUUUUUUAGCGUUAUUUAAAGGAGCAUCCGCGCACAACCGUGUGGGUUUAGGUGAGCUCAUUUAUAUAAAGAAGCACUUUAUGGCCCACUAUUACCAAAUUCUGGGCGCAAAGUAUUUCUAAAUAAAUCAUGACAUGUAUUGGUAUGCGGAAUAUUAUUAAAACUCAUGCCACGUUACGUAUAUUAUACGCUGAUAUUACAAGGAAUGUAAUCACGACACGUUACACAAAGGAUGAUUAUGAUCUCAUAUAAAUUGUACCUUGCGGUAUAUCUUUCUGGCUCUGUCCCGGCUACAUUGCUGACGCUGCACGGUUGUGAACGGACAGCUUCACUGUAUUGAUGUUGUUUAUCGACUUCCAAGUGGGAGCUCCGCCCUGACACUCACCUGCAAACAAUACAGUUUAUUUGUGAUGUUUUUUUUUGUGCAUGUUACAAAUAUGCAAAUGCUGAUAAGAAACAUGGGAAAUUAUGUUUGGGAUAACCUAGUUAGAUGAGAAUUGGUUUUUAUAUAGUUAGAUAGAAAAAUAAUAAAAUUUUGUUCCUUCGUUAUAACCAUUUUAUCAUGCCCUCACCUCUAUUAUUAUGUUAAUCGAUAUUUGAUUUAUAACAUCUUUGACAGUAUUAGAUAUACAUAGUUAGUACAUGCAUAAAUCGACAUAGAAUCUCUAAUACAAAUAUUAAAAUAUAUUCCGUUACAUACAUACCCAUUAACACACAUAGAGGGGUAAUGUUUAUUAUUUGUUAAAUUUUUACUUAUAUUUCGUCUCUCUACUCUGGAAAUUAAGACCGAUAUUUUUGAUUUAAACAUCAAUACUUGUAGGGGCCGUGUAGCUCAGAUAUUAUGACAUCUUUCUAUAAUAUGAUCGGUCGUUCAUAGUAUUGUUUGUAUGUACAUGUGGAACCAUACUCGUAGGCCUAUUAUCGAACCCACUCUUAGCUUUUACACUAAGUUAGGUGGGAAAUAUACGUUCAAUCAGUACACUAAAAGGUUUUCUUAUGCGUAUAAGUGGACAUUAGUAGAUUGGUGUCAGGGCUGGGCUUGUUGGGUCCGACUUUUACGCUUCCUUUAAAUUCUAGUAUAUUUUACUGCAACUACAACUAAAGUUCACGCACGAAAUUGAAAGAAUUACGGCAAUGUCUCUGUCACUCGCUUACUAAUAUGAAUACAAUUUCCAUAACACUAUGAUCAUGCCACGUCUUUAGCCUUUGUACAAGAUUUGCUCGCUCGCCAUAGAGGAAUCUUAUAUCAAACUCUGUGUCGUCAAUUUAUAAUGGACAUAAUGCAAUUUAUAAUGGACAUAAUGUUACUCGUUUUAGAGUCGCAAAUCCUGUUCUUCUAAUUUUUGUUUCAGAAAAGUUCUGUGAAAAGCCCGAGCUAAAGAAUUGUAGGCUAAUUUGAACUAGAUUUUAAUGCAACGCAAUAAUAUUCACUUUACUCCGAUAUUCAAGUAUUUGCACUUGAAAACGACUCUUCAAUUGCGAGCGAGAAAAUCUUGUACUAAGGCUGUAUGUUGAAUCAAAUGAAAUGGAAUUAAAAAGCCUAUCUAACUAACCUAACUAAGGCUAGGAACGCCCUCGUGCGAGUGAGAAAGAAACACAUUUUGUAAACAGUGAUAAAUGACACCGUUGGCCGAAAUGAUUUCGUUUUGUGCAAAAAAUUUAAUCAGAGUGAUUUUAAAACUCAAAGCAUUCGGCAUAUCAAAGCAAACGGUCUUAAAAUACUAUGUCUCCUGCCGCCAGCUUUUCAACGAUGUAAUAAUCCUGGCGGGGCCGACUUUGGUGCGCAGUCUGCUUUAAACAAUUACCCUGCUAGCACGAAGAGCAACUAUCGGAGUUGCAUAAUGGCAAACUACUAGCAGAGCACUAAAACCAUUAUACAGCUGUAAUAGCGUUUUUACUCCUCUUCGCGCUAUUUGGGUACUAAAAUCUAAUUUAUUGUUAGAUCAUUGCAAUCGUACUUAAUUUUUAGCGACUACUGUUGUUUACAAAUAUUCGGUUGCUGAAAUUGAUUGUAUGUUAAGUUUGUUAAUCAUAGAAUAUGUACUGCGUUCAGUCUUCAUCAUAAAAGUGAUGGAAUAUUUUAAAUCCUUUUUGAAGGUUAUGCAAUGUUUAUAAGAAAGUUUUACGGUACUAAACCUUGCUUAACUUUCGGGUUGUGUAGUGUGAGGUCGUGGCUGGUUACCACGUGUGUUUAGCCAGCUCCUGAUGUGUAGCCAUCAUUAUGGAACAUUUCUCUAGAUAACCAAUCGUUCUGUGUACUAGGUUUAUCGGUAUCAACGCGAGUGUUGUGGGUUUUACAGUCCCUUUUGAGCCAUCAGCAGAUAUUCGGAGGUUCCGGAUCACCAGAAGUACAUACCUAUUAAAAGUGCCAAAAGGGGUUUAGUAUGUGAAAACACAAUAGUAUUUGCAGCGAUUCGCUUUGAUCCGUAGCGUAAAAGUUCGUCUCAACGAGCACAUAAUAUCGCCUUUGUACAUAAUGAGUGCUUUAUUACGCUUUUUUGAUAUUACUAUAUUUUUAUUUACUUUGUAAUGUAUUUUUUGCUUUUGUAACAACGUUUUUAUUAAUUAUUGUGGAUCGCGUCGCAAGGGUCGCCUGCGUAUCCAGUUAACGAUAUUUACGCGUUGAUAAAUUAUAAGGAUCAAAUGUCUAAACUGUAUCGUCGUCUCUAUCAGAAAUUCAAUAUAUUUCAAACGCGUGCAGUGCGAUAGCUAAUUUUAGACCAGUCAUUCUGCACAGCCUUUUUGCUGGCGAAGCCAAGACCCCGAAGUUCUUAUUACAGGACGUAGAGUUCAAACCUUAGCUCAGGAGCGUGUAGACUUAAAUCAGUCCAACCAUCAUAUGUUACCUUAAGAACAACAUUCUGUCCAAGGUUGACUCAUUAAAGUGUGUCUGGUCUAGAAAUACUGUGAGGUCGAUCCCACAUGAAAGGGAUACAAUAUUUUCGUAUCAGUCAAUGCAUUCAGUAGAAUUUGAGACUAUUCGCAUUAGCACAAUAUUGUUCUGCCUUUUUUGUAGAACUCUAUUAUCUCUUUUCAAUUCGUCCCAAAUUAUAACUUUAACAUAAUCGAUAGCCAUUUUCGGUUUAUUCCUAUCACUAUAGAGGCAAUACGUCCUUAACAAUGUAAAGUGUUAGGCGGUAUUAGGACGUAUUUUCGGCGGCAUAGUCAUAGAUACUACGCGAUAUAUAGGUUGCUAGAGACGCAGGCGGCCCCGGGGAGCGGGCUAGUGCCACCCCGGUGCGACACGACCCGUUUGUGAUCGUUAGUCGUAUUUACUUUCUCGAAUACAUGCGCCUUCGAAUACAUGUUCCCGCGACGGCUAUUAGUUCGAAUUCAAGUUUUGUUACGUUUACUUAUCGUUCCCGGCGGGAUUUUCGGCUCGACGUGGCCAACGCGGAGACGUGGCGCGGGUGACGUGCCGGCUGCGGGUCGGCUGUCGCGGGCACUGCGAGCUCCACAAGAGCGGCCCGGGUCCCCGCGCCACGCGCGCGAGCCACGCUAGGGAUAGGCGCAGGGCUCGGAGCCGUAGCUAGUGUAAGUCUCUAUCAACGAGUUAGUGUUAGUGAGCGCGAGGCGUGCGCCGCACGCGCCGCCGGUGUAAGUAGUAGGCGCGCGGCGCGAGGCGGCGCGCGCGUUGAGUCGCUCAACUAUUUUGUACAGUAUGUAUAUUUUUGUAAAAUUCGUUCUAACUUGUGGCAAUAUUAUAAAAUUUUAAAAUUUAUCUCUAAUACUAUUGAUAUUUAGUACAAUUGUUAUAAUGUUUGGUUCGUUUCGGUCACCGCUCCGCACUUCGGCAUCGAGGGGCGAACGAGAACAUCACCGCUAGGGGUAUUGGAGCGUCGGAUCCGCCGAACGAAGCUGAGCGUAUAUAGUACUUGACCUAGCUCGCAUCGCAGCGCCACACCUUGAGCCCCGAAUAUAUCAAAUUUUUCAUCGUUUCCUUUAAAUCGGAACUAAUUCGUUUUAUCUGAAAGAUUGUGCCGUCCAGUUCGUGGCGGUGGUUAAAAUUCCUUACUUUAACCACCACUACAAACUGGAAUUUCGGCAUCAAUCAAAUGCAAUAGUUAAUAGUGCUUAUACUUUUCCUCCGCAAGAGUGCUGUUAUGGAAAGGAGAUGCUUGACUACUCUGGUUUGGCUACUACUUGCAGCGGUGUUUGGCUAGGAUAGAUUCCCGGAAUUGGAAACCAAUUCGGAAAAUUAAUAAUUUCUAAAUUGACUACGGUCUGAAACUUUGUAACGUUUCGGCCGCGGUUUCUCAAAACCCCGUUACAGUACCGUAAAAGUUGAAAUUUAAGGUAACGCGCCGUUUACCUGUGUAUUACAAAACACCGCAUUCAAAUCGACUCAGUAAUAUUUCAGGAAAAUGGUAACUUCAAAACAUAUUCCUACUUAAGAGAUAAUCCACGUAAUGCCAUUUGUUUAUGUUCUAUUAUUACACAUUUACAAAGCGGUGAAAUUGAUAAAGUGGUGGUGUUGCGAUGCAGGUUGCUAAAUUAAGCUGGCAAAUGGUCCGGUGCGCUUCGCUUCGUGCGACGGCGUCCGCGCCGACCGCGCGAGCCGUUCUCACGUGACGUAUGUAGUUGCACGACUCACGCUCGCACCGCAGUCUAAAUAUUAAGGAGUCCCUCACACGAGCCGCCCGCUGCGCGACCCCGCCCGACCCGACUAGCACGGGCAGUUCCAAUUACAAUGUCAAUAUACUCCAGCGAGCCAUAGACGGCUAGGGUAGGCAGUAGAAACUGGAUGGUCGGUUGCUUUCCCACCUAGUAACAGUUACUACUGCUAAUCCGGAUUGGAGCACACUGUAGAAGUCAAAUGAACAUACAAAGAGAGAUGAAGCCUAUGCCCAGCAGUGGGCCGGUAAUUAGGCUGACAAUGGCAACGCCUUAAACUGGAUCUGCAAGCCAACCAUUUAGUUCGGAUGAUAUCCGACAAAUUAGAUGCACAGUAUAUUUUGCUCGCAAACGUUGAUAGACAAAGAAGCUGUACGAACUCUAAAGCAGCUAUAUAGCCCCGAAAGCCUGCUAACUCACUGUUCAUGCUCAUACACUCAUCGUGCUAGUUGGGAAUGCCUGUCGCACAUUUUGCAUUACAUUUUGUGAUGUCGCCGAUACAAAUGUACGAGGCCUCUAAAUGGUGCUAAUCACCAGAGCACCGGAUAGAACGAAACUAGAUAAAGAAAGUGAACUUCGACGCCAUUGCGUGCGAGAGGUCGGCACAGAGGCGCGGGUCGGCCGCGGCGCGGUGGCGGCGUGCGGGGACGCACGUAGAGUAGUUGUGCGCCGUGCGCGCGCUUGGUUGUGAAUGUCGCUGGCGGCUCCGUCGGCCGCUCGCCCCGAGCCGUGGCCCGCGUGCAGCGGGGCCACGGCUCCAACGUCGCAGUAUUGCCGUGCCAAACCCUACCCGAUGCAGGAUCUCCGAAGCAAUAUUUUUACAAUGUAGUCUCAACCGAAAAGCAAUAAUCCUUCGACUGCCAACAGCGUCCGUAUCGGAAGUUUGUAUCGCCAAUAAUACUGGACGUUCUAUUGUAUAUUGUUAUCGCGACUCAGCAGAGCCCGACAGUUGACGGAGCUCGAACCUAGCUCAAUUUUAUUGAUACUUAAUUAUUGUAAUUUAUUAUCGCAACUCGCUUGUUAUCAGUCCCGCCCGCGCGAGACGGGCGGCCGAAGGACCACGGUGCUUAUGUUGUAGUCGGACGCUGCUCGCGGCCUCUGCCGAGAGUCAAUUACUGCCGCCCCGCUCGCCGCGUCCGCGAGCGCGCUAUAGAGUACAAUUUAUCGAUAUACCUUUAUCUCUAUUAUUAUGAAUUAUUACGAUAUGGUAGUGCUACUGUUGUCGUCGCGUCGCCAGUCGCCGACGCGACCGCCGAGAGGUCUGAGUGUCCGUUGAUAUAUUUACGCUAGCGGUAACAGUUGAUAUGUUUGUACAGUUUUUAAACGAACUUCUCGUAGUGAACUAAGCAAGAAUUAUUUUAGUAUAUGGUAAGAUCUAAUCGAAUUACAUUCUAGUGUAACAUAAUAAAGUACUCGAGGUUUUUCUAAAUUUCAUUUUAAGAUCGUACGUGAGGUUUCAUUUGGAAUAUAAUAUUGUACGUCUCAUUGGAAACUGACUCCGUAGGAUGUAAUUAGAAAUUAAACUGGAAAAUUUUAAAUAAUAAAAUACAACUUAAUAUUAAGUAAUGUAUUAUAAAAUAGGU